AUGAAUGAGAAAAGCUGGAAGUGUAAACUGUUUGAUGUGUUUCUUUACAGACUGAUCCUGUUAUCCAACGGCACUCUGCUGAUCACCCAGGUCAAGCCCAGGAGCACGGGGACCUAUAAGUGUGUUGGCCGUGGCCUCAGAGGGUCCCAUGUCACACUGGAGGCGUCUCUCCUCAUAGCUGAGAUAGAAGACAUGGUGCCCAAGAUGUCGAAGGUUUUCACGGCGGACACCCUGCAGCGGGUGGCCUGUCGCCCACCGCGCGGCAGACCUGAGCCCGAGGUGUGGUGGGAGAGAGAAGGUCAGCGGGUGCCCACAGAGGGCAGAGUGUACCAGGACGGCCUGGAUUUGGUCUUCAGUCCCACAGAGGAGGGAGACUCAGGCAUCUACACCUGUGUGGCCCAGAACAGGGCAGGACGCAAGACACAGGAGGUCACCUUCACCGUGGCCACUGCCCCAGUGUGGGUGAUGAGGCCUCAGGACAGCCUCCUAGAGGAGGGUAAACCAGGUUACCUUCACUGUCAUGCUCAGGCCAACCCUGAACCUGAGGUCACCUGGCUCCGCAACAACAUCAUGAUCACACCAGAGGACUCUCGUUUUAAGCUGUUCCCUAAUGGCACCCUCAGAAUCAACAAUGUGGAGGUGUACGACGGACAGAUGUACGGCUGUGAAACCAAGACUGUAGGCGGCCGGCUGUCUGGGCAAGCUAGAGUUACUGUGCUUGAGAAGCUGAAGUUUACUCCGACCCCCCAGCCAUCGCAGUGUCUGGAGCUGGAUAACGAGAUCACCAUCCAGUGCUCAGCUAAAGGCAGAGAGAGCCCCACCAUCCGCUGGACCAAAGCAGACGGAGGAGAGCUGCCGCCUCGGGUGGAGCGGAGGAACGGCCAGCUCCACUUCACCAAAGUCACCCGCAGCGAUGCCGGCAACUACACCUGCAUCGCCUCCAACAGCCUCCAGGGGGAGAUCAGAGCCCUGGUGACCCUCAUUGUGGCUGUGUACAUUCGCUUUAAGGUGGAACCAGAGAAUACAACGGUGUACCAAGGUCACACGGCUACCCUGCACUGUCAGGCCACCGGCGACCCUGAGCCUCACAUCCACUGGAUGGUCAAAGACAAGACGCUGGACAUCAGUAAGAACAGAAGGUUCCAGAAGAUGCCCAAUGGCUCCUUGGUGAUUACAGAUGUUACUACAGAUGACACAGGCAGAUACACAUGUGUGGCAGGAAACAGCUGCAGCAUCAAAGACCGUGUGGCUCAGCUGUAUGUAGUAGACAAACCAGUGCAUUCCUUCGACGAAGACGGGGACAAGGCUCCCUACAAGAUGAUCCAAACCAUCGGUCUGUCAGUGGGAGCAGCCGUGGCUUACAUCAUCGUCGUGCUGGGACUCAUGUUCUACUGCAAAAAGAGACGCAACGCCAAAAGACUGCAGAAAGGCCAGGACGGAGAGGAGCCGGAGAUGGAGUGUCUCAACGGAGGGGCUGUUCAACAAAAUGGCCACACUACCACUGAGAUCCAGGAAGAGGUGGCACUCACCAACAUGGGUACCAUGGCAACAACAGAAAAACGCCACAGCCAUGUCAACAACGAUAAGCUCCACUUUCCUCGAGCAAACCUACAAACCAUCACUACUUUAGGCAAAGGGGAGUUUGGUGAGGUGCUGCUAUGCAAAGCUAAGGGUAUCGAGGAGAGCGAGGAGGAGACGGUGGUGUUGGUGAAAAGCCUGCAGACCAGAGACGAACAGCUCCAGCUCGACUUCCGCCGCGAGGCUGAAAUGUUCGCCAAGCUCAGCCACCCCAAUGUUGUCCGCUUGUUGGGCCUGUGUAGGGAGGCAGAGCCCCACUACACGAUCCUAGAGUACUAUGACCUGGGAGACCUGAAGCAGUUCCUGAGAAUUUCCAAAAGCAAAGAUGACAAGGUCAAAUCUCAGCCUAUCAGCACCAAGACCAAAGUUUCCAUCUGCACCCAGGUGGCUCAUGGGAUGGAGCAUCUUUCCAAUCACCGCUUCGUUCACAAAGACCUCGCUGCCCGAAACUGCCUGAUCAACAGUCAGAGGCGUGUGAAAGUGUCAGCGCUCAGCCUCAGCAAGGACGUCUACAACAGUGAGUACUACCACUACAGGCAGGCAUGGAUCCCGCUGCGCUGGCUCCCAGCUGAGUCUGUGUUUGAGGACGACUUCUCAACCAAGUCUGACGUGUGGGCCUUUGGAGUGUUGAUGUGGGAAGUGUUCAGUCACGGGGAAAUGCCAUAUACCAAACUCAGUGAUGAUGAGGUGCUGGAAGGUCUGCAGACAGGGAAGCUGAAGCUGCCCGUUCCAGACGGAUGCCCCUCCAAAAUCUACAAGCUCAUGACCCGCUGCUGGGCACUGAGCCUCAAAGAGCGCCCCUCUUUCACUGAAAUCGUCCACACCCUGGGAGAGCUGCCCUCUGACAGCAAAGUCUGAGACGACCGUAACCCCACAUCAGAGGGGAACUUUGACCAACCCCCCUUCCCCCAAAAAUAAAGACAGGAAUGCUGGAUUAUUAGUCUCACACAUUUCAGGGAAGAGGGUUGAGGAGAAAAACACUUUUGUAUAUGCAUUUCAAACAGCGGGUGUGUGUGGAUCAGACUUCUUUGCUAUAUCAAUGGAAACGCACUCACGUUUGUGUGAAUGGCUUCUUGUGAGCAGUGCCAGGAGUUUAUGUUUGCCUUAACCGCAGCAUGGAUGACCCUCCCGUCAACUUCCUGUCUGUGGUUCCACUGUGACCCUGCCUGCCCGUCUGCGGCCGCUCUGUCCCAGAGACACUUUGCUUCACGGAGCCUCACAACCUCAGUGCCUCUACCCCUCCACACCCACACUCACCCAGACCUUUGACUGCCCUGUAGUACGUUACGGUGCUCUCACUGGCUCAGAUCAAUAGAGAUGAUUGGUCUGAAGCUUAGGAAGAAACCCCCCCCCCGGAAUUUUAGGUUCACUGCUCCGUCAAGUCAGAAAGAAUAUUGAAGGGAAGGGAAUGUGGGAUAUAAUGUCAGCGGAGCACUGAAGCUUCAGCCACUUCGGAGUGUGUUGAGUGAUAUCGUUUCAACUGGUCUGCUUGAACUUAAAAUCCAGUCAGCUGCAUCCUGAGGCCACCACCCUAAUCUAAGAGGAGACACUACUCUGUCCACCAGGUACACACCACCAUCCUCCAAAGAGUGUGUGUGCCACUGAACUGUUCCCACGCUACAGCUUACGUUUCGAAGAAGAAGUGGAAUGGGGUUUGCAUGAAGGUUCGUCCUCUGUUACGCUUGUGAUUUGCAACAUGAGGAAACUUGUGGAAAAAGUAAUCCGUGUUAUGAUAACACUUCAGGAACAUAAAAAAAAAAAAAGAAGAUCAUGUUUAUCGCCAAGGAUUAUAUUGAAUAGAUGAGAUUGUGCCAGUGUGGGCUUUGUACGUUUUUAUGAGUGUGUUCUGUUCUUGUAUUAACUUUGAGGUGCUUAUUUGUCACGAGCUAUGGGUGACAACACCCAUUGUACCACAUUAUCAUGUUGCAGGCAUGCAGCCUAUCACUGUGUUCAACCCGCGACAUCAUUUCUUCAGAGGUCCAAUCACAGUUUCCCUUCGGGUCCAGAUGUUUUGUGCAAUGCUGCAGAGUGGACCAUCACACCAGGCAAUGUGUACAUAAUGUAGAAGCCAUGCACUAACUUCACUUAAAAGAAUAUCCCUCUUUAUCUCUAUCAUGUUGUGUAGUAGGACAUGCAGGUGCCUGUUUAUUUAUGAUGAAGGUCCUGUCUUUUUUUAACUAUGUUUAUAAUAGAAAGGUACUUCUCUGAUGCGAUGUAUUCAUUCUCACGGUCCAUCUCAACGUGCGUUCAGUCUGGUAAGCAGCUGGAUACGCUAACACAAAGUACAAAGGAGGUCAAAAGAGUGACUGCUGGUCACCAGUACUCAUUUAAGUGCCUGGUAAAUGAAGGAUUAUCUUAACUGUUUCCCUCUUUUUUUACAUUAUCUAAUCAAAUGCAAUGGCCUUUGUUUAUGAACUUGUUUUUAUACGUUGUUUUUAGUGUAAUGUUUUGUUUUUAUGAAUGCUAGGCACUCACACCUAGACCUCUUUUUUUAAUCUGCUUCAGCAAAUGUUCACAGUAAUCACAGAUAUAUACAAAAGUAUACAUGCUGCUGUCAAUAAAGGUUCACAGUGUUUUUA